AGUGGCGCUAGUGAGUUAAGCAUUAUUAUUGAAGCACGGCUGAAAUGUCAAGCAUUGUUUAUUUUGCGUGCUCGUUCAAACGCUGAAACUAUCCUCACCGUUCAUUAUUAACCCUCGGAAUACAUCGAUCCGGCUCUUCGCGGCCUCCGUCAGUCAUCGGUAGGCGCUGGAGCCGCUGUUGUCCUUUAAGAAAGGUGUUAAUGCUGCUAUUUGUGUAGUGUAAGGUGCGCGCGCGUCUCAAGGAGCUCCAGGAGGACUGUACACAUUUUUAAAUGGACAUAUUUUAAUAUUUAUCCCCAUGCACGGUACAGUAAGUGUUAUAUUCUACUGACAGCUGAUAAGUUUGCGUUAUACCGCCGCCGUCGCUUGUGACGCUUGGAUCAGCUUCAGGACGGCGACUCCAUACUGGACCACGCAUCUGAGGUUUGUUUGAUGUCCUCGUGAGGAACCCGAGCAGAAGAUGUGGGUGAACCCUGAGGAGGUGUUGCUGGCCAGCGCGCUGUGGAUGACAGAGAGAGCGAAUCCCUACUUCAUCCUGCAGAAGAGAAAGGGCCACGGAGACGGCGGAGGAGGGCUCGCGGGUCUGCUGGUUGGUACUCUUGACGUGGUGCUGGACUCGAGCGCCCGUGUGGCCCCAUACAGGAUCCUCUACCAGACCCCCGAUUCCCUGGUUUACUGGACCAUCGCCCACGGGAGCUCUCGUAAGGAGAUCACAGAGAACUGGGAAUGGCUGGAGCAGAAUCUGCUGCAGACGCUCUCCAUCUUCGAGAACGAGAAUGACAUCACCACCUUCGUCAAGGGCAAAAUACAGGGCAUUAUAGCCGAAUACAACAAAAGCCAUGAUAUCAGAGAGGAUGAUGACACGGAUAAGUUUAAGGAGGCCAUUGCUAAGUUUCACAAGCUCUUCGUCAUGCCGGAGGAGGAGAAGCUGGUCAACUAUUACUCCUGCAGCUACUGGAAGGGCAAGGUGCCGCGGCAGGGCUGGCUGUACCUCAGCAUCAACCACCUCUGCUUUUACUCCUACCUGCUCGGGAAAGAGGCUAAGCUGGUGAUCCGCUGGGCUGACGUGACUCAGCUGGAGAAGAACGCCACGCUGCUGCUGCCGGACAUGGUGCGCGUCAGCACACGCUGCAGCGAGCACGUCUUCUCCGUCUUCCUCAACAUCAACGAGACCUUCAAGCUCAUGGAGCAGCUCGCCAACAUAGCCAUGAGACAGCUGCUGGACAACAAGGGCUUCGAGCAGGACCGCUCUCUGCCCAAACUCAAGAAGAAGUCGCCCAAGAAAGUGUCGGCCCUCAAAAGGGAUUUGGACGCCAGGGCUAAAAGCGAGCGAUACCGGGCACUUUUCCGCCUGCCGAAAGACGAGAAACUGGACGGUCACACAGACUGCACGCUAUGGACCCCCUUCAACAAGAUGCACAUCCUCGGACAGAUGUUCGUCUCCACUAAUUACAUCUGCUUCACCAGUAAAGAGGAGACCGCCUGCAGUCUGAUUAUCCCGCUCAGAGAGGUGACCAUCGUUGAGAAAGCCGAUAGCUGUAACGUCCUUCCCAGCCCCUUGUCAAUCAGCACCAAAAACAAAAUGACCUUCCUCUUUGCCAACCUCAAAGACCGGGACUUCCUGGUGCAGAGGAUCUCGGACUUCCUGCAGCAGACCACCUCCAAAAUCUACUUUGAGCGGGAAACCACGGGCAGCCUCAGCAGCUCAGACGACGAGGUGUCCUCUCAGCAGGGCAGUGUGUUGUCCUGUAGUCCCCAGCGCAGCGCUCUCAGCUCUGAGGGAGACAGUGACAGACAGUUCAAUCUCAAUGAUAGCAGGGUUCCCACUGCGACACAAGCCCUGAUGACCAUGUACCGCCGGCGGUCCCCGGAGGAGUUCAACCCCAAACUGGCUAAAGAGUUUCUGAAGGAGCAGGCCUGGAAGAAUCACUUCACCGAAUACGGCCAGGGAGUGUGUAUGUACCGCACGGAGAAGACCAAAGAGCUGGUGCUGCAGGGCAUCCCGGAGAACAUGCGAGGAGAGCUCUGGCUCCUGUUUUCUGGGGCGAUUAAUGAGAUGGCCACUCAUCCUGGUUAUUAUGAGGACCUGGUGGAGAAGUCGAUGGGGAAAUAUAAUCUGGCCACCGAAGAGAUCGAGAGAGACCUGCACCGCUCUCUUCCAGAGCAUCCAGCCUUUCAGAACGAGAUGGGCAUCGCUGCUCUGCGUCGAGUCCUUACUGCAUACGCCUUCCGCAACCCCAACAUCGGCUACUGCCAGGCCAUGAACAUCGUGACCUCCGUCCUGCUGCUGUACGCUAAAGAGGAAGAGGCCUUCUGGCUGCUGGUGGCCUUAUGUGAGCGCAUGCUUCCUGACUACUACAACACCAGAGUCGUAGGUGCUUUGGUGGACCAGGGUGUGUUCGAGGAGUUGGCUCACGUCUACGUUCCGCAGCUGUACGACUGCAUGCAGGCGCUGAGUGUCAUCUCCACCAUCUCUCUGUCCUGGUUCCUCACACUCUUCCUGUCCGUCAUGCCCUUCGAGAGCGCUGUUGUGGUGGUCGACUGCUUCUUCUACGAGGGCAUCAAGGUCAUCUUCCAGCUAGCGCUGUCGGUCCUCGACGCUAACAUCCAUCAGCUGCUGAGCUGCAAAGAUGACGGAGAGGCCAUGACCAUCCUGGGCAGGUAUCUGGACAGCGUGACCAAUAAGGACAGCACUCUUCCUCCAAUCCCUCAUCUUCACUCUCUCCUGACGGAUAACGGGGAGCCUCAUCCUGAGGUGGACAUCUUCAAACUGGUGCGCAGCUCCUAUGAGAAGUUCGGCUCCAUCCGGGCGGAUGUGAUUGAGCAGAUGCGUUUCAAACAGAGGCUGAGAGUGAUCCAGGCCAUUGAGGACACCACCAAACGCAAUGUGGUGCGCACCAUCGUGACAGAGACACCCUUCAGCAUCGAUGAGCUGGAGGAGCUUUAUACACUCUUUAAGGCUGAGCAUCUGACCAGCUGUUACUGGGGCAGCACCAGUAACCCCAUGAGCCGGCACGACCCGAGCCUGCCGUACCUGGAGCAGUACCGCAUCGAUCUGGAGCAGUUCAAAGUGCUGUUUGCUGAAAACAUCUUACUGCUCUUCCCCUGGGCCUGCGGCACACACACAGACGACCUGGCCCUGCGCGUCUUCCGUCUGCUGGACCACAACGCAGACGCGCUCAUAAACUUCAGAGAGUUCAUCUGCGGCCUCAGUGUCAUGUGUCACGGUGACCUGACGGAAAAACUCAAAUUUCUGUAUAAGAUUCAUGUACUUCCAGAGUUGCACCAUGAGCAGGAGGAGCCCGACUCGGCGUGUGAAGCUAUGCAGUAUUUUUUUGAGGACAUCACCCCAGAGACCUCCAGCGGCCUUGACCAAAAGAACAGAGCCGAGAAGGACGAUGGUUUUGUAGGAGUCACCUUUAGAAGUGAAAAAGUUAAGAAAAUGCAGACUCCAGAUUACCGCAUGUAUCUGCGCCUGUGGAACCAGGAGACCAAAGCAAAGUUAGAGAACUUGAAGGAUCUGCCCAAACUCAACCAGAGUCAGUUCAUCGAGCUGUGCAAGACUCUCUACAACAUGUUCAGCGAAGACCCCAGCGAGCAGGAGCUGUAUCACGCCACGGCUACGGUCACCAGCCUGCUGCUGGAGAUGGGAGAGGUGGGCAAGCUCUUCUGCAGUCCGGCUCACAAGACAGACGAGGAGGACGAGGACGAGCUCAUCGCUGUGCCGAGCAGGAGCAAGCAGGAGCGCCAUCAACUGGAGGACUCCUCGCCCAAAGACACGGCCACGUCCUGCGCCAUGCUCCUCUCCGACGACGACACCUCCGUGUCCUCCUACUCCGUCCUGAGCGCCGGCUCGCACGAGCUUCAGUGCGAGGACAUCGCCGAGGACACCGUGCUCAUACGCAGCGGCGCAGCGGCCGCCGGGCAUCAUGGGAGGAGGGGCGGCUUGCCUCACAGCGUCAGCAUCGAUAAGGACUGGGCCAUCACUUUUGAGCAGUUCCUGGCCUCGGUGCUCACCGAACAAGCCCUGGUGCAGUACUUUGAGAAGCCUGUGGAGAUCGCCGCGCGAAUAACCAACGCCAAGAACGUUCGCAAGGUGGGACACCAACACAUGUCCCUCAGUGACUAUGAGAUCUCGCUAUCGGGCUAAAAACUGUUACAGGAGUAGGUAUCCAAAACAUAAGAUUUGGGCAUCGUUUACUCACUUUUAUGUUCCAAACCUGACUUAUUUUUGGUGAAAAGUUAAUGCUUGGUUCUCCAUACAAUCACUCUGUUGAGCGAAAACAUGACAAGAAGCACCAUAAAAAUAGACUUGGACACUACAUAGUGAGUUUUCUGAAGCCAUAUGCUAGCAACUUGAACACACAACAAACCUCACAUUUUACGACUUUUACGAUGUUUCUUUUGUGAUGUUUCAUGGUCAGCUUGAAAUGUUAUAUGCACUGUUUGAUUUUAUAUUUAUACAAGGCUUGCUGUUUUUGCAGCAAACAGUUUCACACAAAAAACCCUGUUUCGCUGUUUCCAGCAGUACAACUCAAUAUCAGAUAACAUAAUAUAAGACUUAUUCACUAUGUAUUGAGUUUUUUAAGCCAUAUGCUAGCACAUAACGACUUAGAUUUAGUGCGUUUCUCACAUAAACCUGUUUUUAGAUGUUUUGUAAUAAUCACAUUAGCCACUUUUAUGAUGCUUCGUUGUCAGUUUUUGGAGUUGGGAAUCUUCCUCAGGAAGUCAAAUUGUUUUAUGUGACAUUUUAUGCAAGGCUUGCAACUUUUGCAGCACUUGAACAUUUUUGGGACCCCUAAACCAAAAAAAAACCCUGAUUGAUGUAUUUUCGCUGUUUUCUAGCAGUGAACCUAAACGUCCAAUGAAAUAACAUACUUGACAUACUAUAUAAUGUGUUUUCUGAAGCCAUACGCUUGCAAAUAACAACUUAAAUUUCAGUAUGUUUCUCACAAAACCUAUUGUAGACAUUUAUUGGCCAUUUAUAUGAUCUUUUAGUGUCCUUUUUGGAGCUUGAAAUCUCCUUUCCCCAUUGUAUGGAAAUGAGCAGCCUGGACAUUCGGCUAAAUAUCUCCUUUUGUGUUCUACCUUAAGAAAUGCAGGUCUGGAACGACACAAAGGUCAGCAAAUGAUGACAGAACUUUCAUGUUUGGCAAACUGUCCCUUUAACUAAAUCAAAUCUGAUCUCUUAAAUCAGCGGGACACUUGAGGUGAGCUCGUUAGGGACCGGACAGUAAUGAGUUUUCCCGGAGGCUUGUCUUUGAUCUGAGUGAUGUGACCGACACGAUGACCUUUUUACCUGUACUAAGUCUGAGAAGACCUGUUGUAUACUACGAUGCGCUUGAUGUACUUUAUAUACAGAAAUGGUUACUAAUAAUAUCUAAUACAGUUAGAUGUUUAUCAUAGUCUAGAGUGUCUAGAAUAGCUCACUAGUCCUGAUUGGGGGAUAAAACACGUUCUUAAUCUGUAUUAUUGUUUUAUGUUCCAAUAAAAGUGUCUAAAUCUUAAGUGACUUAAGAAGCAAAACUGUGUGCAAGAAUCCUUAGGGGGAUAAAAAAAAAAGGUUCAUUUAAAUAUUUAUGCUAAAAACAAAAACAAAAAUACAAUUUUAAAAUAGUGUGUUUGUAUGAACAAUACAGUACAUUUAUUUUACAUUAUAAUAUGUUCUAUAAUAAUUGCCUUGUGCAAUCUUCUGUGGUGUUGCUUCUCAAGUAUCUUCUCAAGAUUUAGAUAUUUUUACUUUGAAAUAAGGCGUAAAUACAGAUGAAGAGAGUGUGUGUUUUUUACAGGAUGGUAAAUGAUCUUUUACAGGGAGAGUGUGGAAACCCGUCUGUGAUCGUUAACACUGGGAUGUUGGAAUGACGUUUUCUAAAUCAUCUGUAUUUUCCCAGAUUUCUCAUUUCUCUCUUCCUCUCUCAGUUCCUUGCACCUGCACUUUGGGUUUUUCUUCUUUGUAAACCGUGAGGAUGCUCAAACCUAUCAGCGCUGAAAUAUCAGAUAUGAAUCGGCUGAGAGGCGACGCAGUCCAGCCGUGUUUGAUAUCUGAUUUACACUGUUUGCUGAAGGCUGAUUGUGUACAGUUUUUAUUUUACCGUGUUCUCACCAGGCAUGCGGCAUGUCUGUGCACCUUCUCGUAAGUUAUUGUUUGAUUGUUGUUGUUUUUUUAAUAGACGAGUUUCUACUUUAUUUCAUGCUGCUGUUUUAAAGUUUACGUUUUAAUGUGAAUGGUUAAAAUCCUGUAAAUGAUUGAGUUCACUUCUGGCAAUUAAAAGUUUAAAUGGAAAUAUCCUA